AUGCUUUCUCGAAGUGGUAUUGCGAGGUCCUUUAGUUCGUUGAACAGUAGCAUUGUGGGUCGCAAGUUUUGUGGGAUCUCUAGGAGGCACAAGAGCACUUCAGCAUCGCAAGAUGAGAUAGGCCAUUUCCAAGAACUUGCGCCUUCCUGGUGGGAUGUCCAUGGAUCUCAGAGGAUUCUACACCUAAUGAACAACUGCAGAAUGGAUUUUAUACAGCGGGUUUUACACCAGAGAGUUAAAAUCACUAAUCCUGACACAUACAUCCCUGGCUUCAAUUAUAAAGAAUUCUUCCCAGAACAUGUUUCCCAGAAUAUAAGCCGUGAAUUGAGUCUCGAGGUUGAUGCAAAGAUUCAAGCACAGAAAUUGCAAGUCCUGGAUAUCGGUUGCGGCGGUGGGAUACUUUCUGAAUCUCUUGCCCGAUUGCCUUUCAUCGAACAUGUAACUGGUAUAGAUCUAACUAAGGAGUGCGUUGAGGUAGCCCGCAACCAUGCACUACGUGAUCCCAGCUUAGAGAAUAAAGUGGACUAUGAAUUGAAGGCAUUAGAAGAUGUUGAAGACAAGUUUGAUGUAGUAACUUGUCUUGAAAUGUUAGAGCACGUAGAAGCCCCAAGUGAAAUCUUGAGACAUGCAUGGUUGAAAUUGAAACCCAACGGUGUGCUAUUCGUGAGUACGAUCAAUCGGGAUUUCGUUUCAUGGUUCACUACUAUCUUUAUGGGGGAGCAAGUGCUGAAUAUCGUUCCUCGUGGCACACAUCAUUUGGAAAAGUACAUCAAGGCCACAGAGAUUACAAACUGGUUCAAAACCCACGAACCUUUCACCCACCAGGUUGCGGAGACAAAGGGAUUGAUGUACUUGCCAUUGAAAGGAUGGGUUGAACACGACUGCUCUGACAUUGGAAACUACAUUAUGGCAAUUAAGAAAUUAGAUAAAUAA